AACAUGUCAGUUUGACUAAAUUUUCCUGAUAAGCGAAUCUUUAGAAAACAGCGAGCUGAGUAAUUUGCAAAAUAGAGUAUUAUUUUUAAUCCUAAAUUAAAAACAUCAGUAAUUAAUUCAUAGAAAAAGCGAUGGCGUCUAAACCAAUAUUCACCUUUAGACGUGCAAAAAUCGACGAUAUCGGCGCGGUACGUGAAAUGAUACAGGAGUUGGCUGAUUUCGAAAAGAUGAGCGAUGGUCCGAAACUAACAGAGAAAGAUUUAAUACGCGACGCAGGACUCGACGGUGGACAGGAAUUUUGUCAUAUAUAUGUGCUCGACCAGCAAAGUGCAGAACAACCCACGCCCGUCACCAUCGGCUAUAGCAUUUGCUUCUACGCCUACUCAACAUGGCAAGGGAAAUCCUAUUUUCUUGAAGACAUUUACGUGCGUCCCGCAUAUCGUAAGCUGGGUGCCGGCGCUUACAUGUUCAGUGCUGUUGCGGCAAAAGCGAAGGAAUAUGGCUGUCAACGCCUGGAUUUUCAUGUGCUUGGCUGGAAUCCAGCGCGAAAAUUCUAUAAUCGUAUGGGUGCCGAGGAUUUGACCGAGAGUGAGGAGUGGCAUUUUUAUCGGUUGCAUCGUGAACAAAUCGAGAAAUUGUCCAAUGAAUUAUAGUGUUUUUACAAUAAAAGAGGUUUUCUAGAAAAAUUCAAUAUACAACUUUUAUGCACAAUAA